ACUCGCUCACACACAUUAGGCUUUGCACGUGUUGCAUUUGUUUUGCCUGAUCGCUAAUAGUUGCGAGUUGUUUAAUUGUCAAAGAAACAAAUUUAAAAGGCGAUUAAUCAACAUGAAGUGGACUACAGCGAACCUGAAACAUCCCAAUUACACCGCCAAACAUGAAUUGUUUGUGGGCACACACACAGGCUCUUUUAAACAUCUUCUGCCUGCUGCUGAGCAGAAUCCACAUACUCAGUCAAAUCUCAGCGAUAUAAGUGCCCUAGACAAGGAAUCGCGUGUGACAACGCUGGCCUUUGGCAAUGAAACGCAAACCGAAAUUCUGCUCGGUCGUGCCAAAAACGUUGCCGAGAUUAAUUCGCUUGGAAUUGGCGGUGGCAUGAACACGCGACAAGUUAAUUUUACCGGCGCUCCAAUUGUGGGUCUGGCGCGCUAUAACAACAAUUUGAUUGCUGGCAUUGGCAAUGGACAAAUACAGAGUUUGUCGCUUGAUGCAGUGGACGAGGAGGAGGAUCAGGAGAAAGAGCCCCUCAUUAUCAACACAGGCGAUCAUAUGGAACAUUUGCGCCAGUGCUCCACGGCUAAGCACAUUGUAGCCACCGGCGGCAAGGCACGACAGAAUAAUCUAAAAGUUUACGAUUUGAGUGCCGAUGGCAAGCAAAUAUUUAGCUCCAAGAAUUUGCCCAACGAUUAUUUGCAACUUGAGGUGCCCGUUUGGGACAGCGAUAUUGGCUUCGUGGAUGGCCCGAACGUUUUGGCGACCUGUUCGCGCCAUGGCUAUGUGAGGCUCUACGACACGCGGAAGCAACGGCGUCCAGUUUCGCACUUUGCCAGUGAGGAGCACGGCAUGAGCUUCGCGACGUUGGUGGCACGCGGCAAUUACAUAUAUACGGGCACCACCAUGGGCGUUUUGAAGGCAUUUGACACGCGGCGCAUGAAAACCCAUGUGCACACCUACAAAGGAUUUACGGGCGGCAUUAGCGACCUGCACCUGGAUGAGACGGGCAAAUACCUGAGCUCCGCUUCCCUUGAUCGCUAUGUGCGUGUGCAUGAGGCCGACUCGACAGUGCUGCUGUAUCAGUGCUAUGUGAAGUCGAAGGCAACCAAAGUGCUUAUUAAGCAGCUGCCAGAGGAGCUGCGAAAGGAGUCCAGCGAUGAUGAGAAUGAAGGGGAACAGGAAGUGAAAACGCAUAGCCAAAAGAAGCGAGCACUGAAAGCAGCGCCGCUGGACACAGAAUAUGAGGAUAUGUUUGAUCAGAUGCCCACCGUGGGUGAUAGCGAUGAUGAGGCGGUCGAGAAGCAAACGCCGGUGGCCACAAAGCGGAAAGCGCCCAAACAAACGCAGAAAAUAAAAAAGAAAAAACAAUAAAUCCCACAUAAAGUUAAGUUUUAUAUUAAAAGAUAUAUGCUAUGUUAAAA